AUGGUCAACCAGCAAAGGAACACGAUGCUUAGAGGAUAUGAACCAGGCCUUCGUGACGGAGGGCCGGCUCAGCUCGGAGACAACGUCAUUGGUGGGCGAAUGUUUCAUGUCUCACCAUGGUCCUUCGGUUUCUCAAGAUGCCCUCUUUUCCCAAUGUGUGGACGCGUAGCUUGUACCCUUCCACCCCAAAGGAUUCAACGCAUUGGAAGGGCCAGAAGGAUGGUUCGGCACUCGCCAAGUGGAGUAGCCCCAAGACCCAGAUAUAAUGUCGGGCCGAUGAGCCGUCUACCCUGCAUAUACACUCGCAGUUCGGGAGAGGCAUCCGACGGAAACUCGUCUGGAGAGCGGUGUUUGGAAUAUAUGAGUUGGGGUCUACAGGGGCAAGGCACCCAACAUCUGUCCACCAUCAAUGCGAGAAUUGAGACGGUUGCGACUUCUCGAAUUUACUCUCCUCAUUUGAUACACCGCGAACGUUGUGUACUCAUCGUUGAUGGGUUCUUCGAGUGGUAUACUAAGAAGGAUGGAAGCAAAACACCAUACUUCAUACGAUUCAAUAACGAUGUUGCUGAGAAACCUUUGCCAAGCGAAGAUACAAUGGUUGCCUUAUUCCUCGGAGCAGAUCUUCCAAUUGAGGACGACGCCUGGCCAGUUGAGCAGCAGUUCUGGGAAAGUGCGGGAACUAUACGUGAACCUUUGCUCAUGGCCUGUCUGUAUGCACCUCCUGUGGUGGAAGAUGAUCCACACAGUUUCACCAUUAUGACGAUGGAGUCGGCUGGUCCCGUCACUAAAAUUCAUGACAGGAUGCCGGUCCUAUUAACUCCCGAGUGUGCAGCGGAAUGGAUAGAUCGAUCGAGGGCAUCAGACACUGCAUUACUGCGCAAGAUAGCAGAGGUCGCUCGUGAAACAGCCAAGCAGAGUGUUACAGCAUACGAGGUCCCAACACUGGCCAACAACAUACGGAAUGAUGUUUCGGAUUGUCUACUUCCGCUAUCAGCAUGGAAAAAGAAACAAUUCGACAAUGGGCUAGGUAGAUUCUUCAAGAAGGCUGCCAAGAAACAGGAAACCGAGGCUCCUGAACGGCAGCCUGACGAUGCGGAAGACCCGCCAGCCAAGAAGAGAAAGGCUGAAUAA